CACCAGCAAACCAAUGCGCGUCCCCGCCCCGGUAGAGGCUGCCCGAGAUCCCGGGAAGAGGAGUUGGAGCCGCGCGAGUUAAAGUUGGGCUAAAGGGGGGUGAGAGGAUGCUGCAGAACAAUCGUCGAUCUAAUUAACAUAGCAUAUGUGGAUAAACGUGUCCUAAGUGAAGGAUGACUUGCAAAACACUGAGCAUAUGCCUCUUGUUUUUGGGGUUUCAACAUUGCUCAUCACGAGAAUGUGUCGAUCCACUCGUCUCUGGGCUCUAUGCAUCCUCCUUCCUGGCCUCUUCCAGAUAUAACUUUCUGUACUCUGCCAAUUUUGCCAAACUGUAUGGCAGCAGUGGCUGGUCCCCUUCCCCCAGGGACAGGCAGCCAUGGUUGCAGAUAGACUUGGGCAGGAAGUACCGGCUGAUGGCAAUUGCCACUCAGGGGACCUUCAACUCAUAUGACUGGGUCACCAAAUACACACUACUCUACGGAGACCGACCAGACUCCUGGACACCAUACAUCAUGAAAGGAGGCAACUCUACGCUGCCUGGUAACUGGAAUUAUUAUCAGGUGAAGAGGAAUGUCUUUCAUUACGCCUUUACUGCUAAACACAUUCGUCUUCUGCCUCUGGCAUGGAACACGGAGAAUGGAGGGAAGAUUGGCGUGCGGCUGGAGCUGUUUGGCUGCCCUUAUGAUUCCUAUGUGCUACAGUACAAUGGAGAUGACUCAGUGAUCUACAUGUACCCUGAAAAAAGAUCCCGUACACUGCAGGACCACAUUGCCAUAAACUUCAAGACUCUGGAGCAGGAUGGCCUGCUUUUGCACAGUGAAGGGAUUCAAGGAGACCUCUUCACCCUGGAGCUGAAGAAAGGCCGACUUUACCUGCACAUCAGUCUUGGAAGCAGCAUUGUACACAAAGUUGAUGGUCGAACUACACUGACUGCUGGCAGCCUUCUCGAUAAUCUACACUGGCACUAUGUCACAAUCAAACGCUAUGGUCGACAGGUGAACUUCACAGUGGACAGUCAGACAGUGACAGCCAUAUGUAAUGGAGAAUUUACUCAUCUGGAUCUAGAUAACAAGAUCUAUGUAGGAGGAGUAAUAGAGCAAAACAUGCCUCACCUCCCUUCCACACCAAAUUUCCGGGGCUGCUUGGAAAACGUCUUCGUCAAUGGCAUCAAUGUCAUUGACAAGGCCAAGAGAGAAGAGCCUGACAUCCGUAUACCGAGAAAGAAAAAGAUGCAUUUUGCCUGCCGUGACAUUCUGCUAAAACCAAUGACCUUUGCUGGGCCCAACAACUACCUGCAGGUGCCAGGGUUCUUCAGGAGGCCCCGUAUGUUUGUCAAGUUCAAGUUCCGCUCAUGGGAUUACACAGGGCUCCUGAUGUUCACACGCUUUGCUGAUGACCUGGGUGCUCUUGAGCUGGGUCUGAGCGAGGGACAGAUCAACGUCACUAUAUUCCAGCCUGGCAAGAAGAAAAUUCAGUUUGCUGCAGGAUACAGGCUAAAUGACGGUUACUGGCAUUCGGUGGAUUUGGCAGCCAGAGACAACCUGCUAACGCUCACUAUUGAUGAGGAGGAGGGCUCGCCACUGAAAAUCACCAACCCUUUCACCAUUCGGACAGGCGACCGCUACUUUUUUGGAGGUUGUCCGAAAACUAAUAACACUGUAAGGAAAUGUGAAACUAAGCUAAAUCGCUUCCAUGGCUGCAUGCAGCAUAUCUUCAUAGACAACGAACAGCUUGAUAUUGACAUUAUUCUGAUGCGACAGUGGGGAAGAUAUGCUGAGCUGUUGUUGGGCACCUGUGGGAUCACUGACAGAUGUACUCCAAAUCCAUGUGAGCAUGAAGGUAGAUGCAUCCAGUCCUGGGAUGACUUUAUCUGCCUGUGUGAGAAUACAGGCUAUAAAGGAGAAGUGUGUCACAUGUCGGUUUAUAAAGAGUCAUGUGAGGCCUACAGACUCAGUGGCAAGUACUGGUCUGGAAACUACACCAUCGAUCCUGAUCUCAGUGGGCCACUGAAACCAUUUGAAGUGUAUUGCAAAAUGAAAUCAUAUAAAGCUUGGACAGUGAUUAUGAAUGAUCGAGUUGAAGGUACUAAGGUGACUGGGAGUUCAAUUGACAGGCCCUAUAUAGCACAUGUCAACUACUGGAAUGCCUCCUGGGAUGAAGUCACCGCUCUUGCCAACAUCUCCAUGUACUGCGAACAGUGGAUUGACUACUCCUGCUACAAGUCCCGCCUCCUCAAUACCCCCAAUGGAAGGCCUUUUACUUACUGGAUUGGUCGUAACAAUGAGAGUCACUAUUAUUGGGGUGGGACAUUCAGAGAAGUCCAAAAAUGCGGCUGUGUCAUCAAUCAAACCUGCAUCGACCCCAAGUAUCAGUGCAACUGUGAUGCUGACUAUAGACAAUGGCACUCGGACAAGGGCUACUUGGACUUUAGAGACCAUCUACCUGUUAGGAAGUUGGUGGUUGGGGACACCAACAGGACUGGGUCAGAGGGGCAUUUCACAGUGGGCCCACUCCGCUGCCAUGGCGACAGAAACAUCUGGAACACCAUAGCCUUCACAAAGCCCACUUACAUAACAUUCCCCACCUUCAAGCCUGGAACAACUGCUGACAUUUCUUUCCACUUCAAAACCUAUCGGGACCAUUGUGUCUUCCUGGAGAACUCUGAUGAGCACCUUAGAAACUUUAUAAGAAUAGAGCUCAAUACCACCCAUAAUCUCGCAUUUGUAUUUAUGGUUGGUGACGGCAUCCUUAAUGUGACCCUACACUCCCCUAUGCCACUCAAUGACAAUGAGUGGCACUUUGUUCAAGCAGAGCUUAACGUGAAGUUGGCUCGGAUUAAGGUAGAUUAUCAGCCUUGGGCUGUCAAACGCUUCCCACCUCAAACUUUUAUCAGCAUGAAGUUCACACAUCCUCUCCUUGUAGGUUCAGCCAACCGCACCUUAAGGCCUUUCUUGGGAUGCCUUCGAGGGUUGCGGAUGAACGGCGUACCUCUUGAUUUAGAGGGGAAAGUAAACGAAGAACAGGGCAUAAGGAGGAACUGUACCGGACAAUGUCUUAAUGCUACCAUACCCUGUCGAAACAGUGGCCAGUGUAUCGAGGGAUAUGCUUCCUACACUUGUGACUGCAACAAUACCGCCUUUGAUGGUUUCUACUGCCAUAAAGAUAUCGGAGCUUACUUUGAGAUUGGAUCGUGGCUGAGGUACAACAUACGAAAGAAGCCUGUAUCGGAUGAAGCAGCAUGGGCCAACUGGAUUGACCCGCACUAUGAUAAUUUCAGCCUUGGCUACAAUGAUACAUCAGACGACAUAGAGUUCAGUUUCAGCACUGUUCACGCACCAGCUGUGUUGCUCUAUAUAAGCUCCUUCGUCCAGGACUACAUCGCUGUCAUCCUCAAGACUGACGGUAGUGUAGAUCUGAGGUAUAAGCUGGGACUCAUAACACACAAGUACCAGCUGACUCACAGAAAUCUGGCAGAUGGAUUCCCUCACUAUGUGAACAUAACCAGACACAACAGAACCAUCAAAACUCAGGUGGAUUACAUGGAGCCUAUAGUGGAAAAGAUAACUUUGGUGGAAGAUGCCAGGUUUGACUCUCCAAAGUCCAUGUUCCUGGGCAGAGUGAUGGAGGUUGGUGACAUUGACUAUGAGAUCCAGAGGCAUAAUGCUCCAGGCUUCAUAGGCUGCAUAUCUGGGGUGAGAUAUAAUGUCUACGCGCCUCUCAAGACCCUGUUCCGUCCAAAUGAAACAGACCCGCCGGUACAGACGCAUGGCUAUGUCUCGGAGUCAAUUUGUGGUGCCUUCCCUCCCGUCCUCGGUUAUGUACCAUGGGAGGCUGACCCCUGGUUUACUGGAAUAGAGUAUAUUUAUAUCCACGAUGACCUAGGUCUAUUUUGGAUAACAGUUAUUAUCAUCCUGGCACUGCUGCUGCUGUUUGGAGGCUUGUACAGCAUCUAUGUCUAUGCCUACCAGCAGAAGGGCAGUUACCAUACCAAUGAACCCAAAAACCUGGAAUCCCCCAGCAGCGCCAGACCCCUGACCGAGACCCUGAGGAGAGAAAAAAAGAACCUCCCAGAAAUUGAAGAGGAGUUCAGGAGCGACUAGCAUCAGAGGACCUCUGAGACAAUGGGUGGGGGUUGGAAUGUGGGAAUUAACAUAAACAAAACCACAGAUACCUAAAUUAAGUUUUCUAUGUUUUUUGUUUCCUGUUUUUUUUUUUUUUUUUACAUUUUGGUUUUUGUUCCUUUGCCCAGAUGAUUUGGAUAUGAUGCCUGGUGCUCUACAUAGUAUGUAUUUUGGUAAGUCUAGUUCCGCUGGGAUCAAAGUUCAAAUCAAGCCCCGUGUUGCAUGAGUAGCCAACAAGUCUCACACUGUAUUGCAGGGUGAAAUAUUGAAGUGCCUCAUCUGAGCAAGCUUGAUCUGAAGUACCCUUAAAUAGCUUAUUCAGAUAGGGAUGGAUUACCGUGUGAAAGGAUGUUUAAUUGGAACAUCAGAUUUGUAUUUUGGCUUAAAUUGACUGAUUUCUUUCCUGAGCCAUUUUUAAGACCGAAAACUACCAAUAACCUACUCCAUAGAUUUAUUGCCAUCUAAAAUAUACCUCUUGCUGACAAUCUCUUCUGGAGCCACUUUCACCACCAUAGGGCACGGAACAGUGAACAAAACCAGUGCGACAAAAAUCAAGAACACAAGACUGAUGUUCAUGCACAAAAAACAUCAACCGAAGGAGAUUUGUGAUUUUAAGCUUUGAGAUGAUGCAUAAAGUAAAGUAAAGGUAUAUAUGCUUACGUUUGUUGUAUUGAAGACUAUAAUAUUGCAUUACAUGUACAGGGUCAGUAGAGAGGAGCCUUGCCGAUUACAGUAUGCUCAGAUUCAUAACACAUUCUCAGUCAUGGGGCUUUGGAUGUGAGUCUGUGAUGAUCUGAAGAUACGGUACCUCUGGCUGUGGGAGCUAACAGACUGUUGGUGUACUGCAGAAUGAAAACAAAAUGUUAAAGUGAUGAAGCUUGCCAGAGACAGAGUGAACUGUAUAUCCAAAAUCUUAUUUCUUCUGUCUUACUUCCGGUUGCGUAUAUUAUGAUCAGUCUGCCAAUAGGUUGGUGCUUCAGAUGUUUUGAGUCUCUAACAUCUCAGAGUGUUACAAAAAGAAUAAGUCCUUCCGCAAUCCUUUCAUUUUCUGUGAAGACAAAUUUCAGGGAAAAGCUGCUAUGGCCAUAUGGGAAGCGCACAUAUAAACACACAUGCACACACAGUGACAUAUGUACAGAGGACCACAACAAUGUAAAUGCUAAUCCUUUUUCUUUUACUUCAUAUUGCUAAACGAUUUUUCAUUAUAUUGUAGGACAGUAGCUGACCACCACGUCAUUACUGCUGCUGCUGCUUGUUUAGCUGCUUUCAGUGAAAAGUGGAAAACUCUACAGUCACAUGAAAUUUUCAUCUCUGGCAAGAUGAAAUAUCAUCAGAUCUGUGGUACAACCAAAGCUUAGGGCGAUCAUCACUCACUGCAGCUCCCUUUGACACUAAAGCACUAUUGUGUAUGUGGAAAAAAAGAAAAGAAAAAAAAAAGUAAUACAUUUGCAACAUAUCAGCUAUGCAUAUGUAGAGCAUGAGCGCACUUUGCAGUAACAUGCAAUAAUAUUAGCUUCUUCCAGCCACCAAUGAUGUUAAUGCCUCAGUUUAAUUUGCAAAUGCACAACAGCAAGUAGGAUGUAAUGAGUGUACACCUAACUAUAUGAAUAAUGUGUCAAGUGACUUUUAAAAAAAAAAAAAUUCCUUCAGUUUAUACAAGAAAAGCUAAGUACAGUUAAACGGGGUGGUUUGAAUGUAUAUCCUUUGACUCUGUAAUGUACUAGCAGCCGCUACACUGAAGACCUGCGCUGUUUUUAUUGUAGACUGCUUAGUACUGAAAGUAAAACUAUUCAUUGUAGCUUUUCUAGAAUGCUCAGGAUAAAGAAAGCACAGUACUUGUUCUCUGUAGCACUAACACACCUCCAAAACUCAACCUUGUUGGUUUUCUUCCAUUACAGAUGGGCGGGACUGUGCGAAAUUGUACAGUGAAAGGAUGUACAGUAGAUGUAAAAACUGCAAUGACUGUAAAAGCUCGACUUGCUAAUAAUGUAUAACCAUGUACAGAUUUGGCACUUACAGGCUCUAUUUUUCAGAAUGUGCUUUAAUAACAUGAAUGAGAGUGAAAAGUGAGCAAAGAGAGUGAGACUAAUGGUUUGCGAUGGAAGACUGAUUUGUGUUUUUGUUGUGUGGGCAGUCAACAAACUUGGGUCAAAUAUGCUUUGUUGCCUUUUAGGAAAGAGUCGACUUCUGUAUCAUAUAAAUGUAUACGUCUCACUGUAUUCAUUGGUAAACGGAUUGUAAACAUUCAGCAUAGCAGUGUCACAUCAUUGCAUCUCACUAAUUAAUUCACAUGUGGUCCCUGGAGCGUGUGUUUGUGUGAUGUGAUAUUUUUGUUGCUUGUGUAUUUAUAUAUUUUUUCCCACCAAGAUACAACCUGACGUUAAGUAAUGACAAACGUGCACUGAUGCCAACUUAUUCAGCUCACUUAUUGUAGUGCACCAACAGUAGCACAGUGAGACAGUAACACGUGUUGUUCAGUGUGUCUCCUGUUUGUACAGGCAUCAGAUGAACUGAUCCUGGAGUGACCAUCCUGCAGCCUCGUAAUGGAGGGAAGGAAGUGGGUAGGUUCAAAUGGCCAGUAGAGGGAGUCAGCCAGCUGGAUGUUAGCUAAGACAGGGUAUGUGCUGACAAUUUAAAAUGCGAAGCUUUCUGAGCGUUGUUUAAUGAGUUAAAGCUAGGAAUUUACAUGAUUAAAAAAAAAAAAAAAAGCAUAUUUAAAGGAGCUUAAAGUAGGCUCAAUAAAAGAAUUGUGAUUUGUGUGUAAUUCUGCUGUGUGUUCUGUUAGCACUUAGAGAUUUUAAUGUCUAUAAAGGCCUUAAAAAUCUGCAGAAACCCUGUCAACGGUGAUACGAUGUCUGAAAUCACAUGAAAAAGCACCAGAGAAGGGAGUUCAGACUUCUCUGCACCAUCAAACUGAAUCCCUCUGGAACAAAUACCAGAAAUUAUAGUUGUGUUUUUGAUCACAUCGAAAUGUAGAUUUUUUUUUUUUUUUUUAAUUUUCUGUUCUCUUUGCUUGCAGUCGAUUUGUAAUAGUUUCACUGUAAAUGACCAUAACUGUGUAAAUCAAAGCAAAGCCAAAAUGUCAUCGCAAUAAAUGAUGCUUGAAGGAAAUCAA